GUCAUUUUGAAAGAGUUGGCUGUAAGCAAGAUUUUCCAAUUUAAUUUAAAACUAAACAAAUUGUGUCAAAAGUAGCCAAAUGAACAUUUUUUUGAAAGAAUGAUUGUUGCAAAGCUCGUUUGCUUAAAAUUUGUUUGAAUUAAAAUUUAUAUGACUCCAUAAUAUUUUGUAUCAUUAUUUAAAAACGUUUAGCUUUUACUACAUGAAAAUGUCACUACCUUGGCACAUUCCCCUUGAAUCACUACCUAGCUUAAAAGAGAAGGAAGCCCCAAUAGAAGCAACACUGUUGAAGCAUUACUGCAACUUAAAUAUUCAUGAAAAUCCGUGCGAAGAACUUCAAACUGGACUUAUGUGUGAAAUUGGAAUGAAUAACCGAGAACCAGCGGUAAUACAGAGACUUAUAGCUUCGGGUAUGACUGUAGCGCGAUUAAGUCUGCGCGACUUAGAACCAGAAUCUUGCUCUCACUUAAUCCAAAGCAUCCGACAAGCUGUGUACAACUAUAGUGCCGAGUUAGAAUACGUUUAUCCUUUGGCUUUGAUCGUAGAUGUUAGAGGGCCUGACAUAACUACUGGUGACCUUAAAGGAGGUCCUAAAACAAUGGUUGAACUCAUACAAAAUGAAACUAUUAGGUUAACUGCAGACCCGAGUUGGCGAGAAUGCGGGACAACAGAAUGCGUAUAUAUCGGCUACGACCAUUUGACCGAUUUGCAGCAUGGCGAUAUUUUGUUUAUUGAUAGUCUUAGUUCUGGAAAAAUUAAAUUAAUAAUUUUAGCAGUGGGUGAUGAUUCUAUUGAAUGUAAAAUAGCCAUUGGAGGUACAAUUGGAGCGAAAAUGACGGUUCGGUUGUCAAAAGUUCCUCGUGAAUGCGAUAGUACAAAUAAAAAAGAUCAUGAAAGUGCCGACUCUAUUUCACCUGAUUCCUUACAACAACCAUUUGAAUAUACGGAAGAUCAGAUAGCAUGGGCUAUAGCUUUUGAUAUUGAUGCAGUUUUAGUUCCAAAUUCACAAACUGCACAAGAUAUUCGCCACGUACGGUCUAUUCUUUCCGAGAAAGGAAAGCAUAUUCUUGUCUUUGCAUGUAUUGACUCCGUACUAGGAUUGGACAAUAUCGAUCAGCUAGUAACAGAAGCGGAUGGCAUAUUUAUUGAUAGAUGCAUUUUAAGUACAGAUUUACCGGUAGAGAAAAUAUUUAUAGCUCAAAAAGUUAUAGUAUCCAAAUGCAAUAACGCUGGUAAACCAUGUAUAUGUAAGGCUGUCAUAAAUGAACAAAUACCUACAUUAUGUGUAACUGAUAUUGCUAAUUUGGUUUUGGAUGGUGCCGAUGUACUUUCUUUAGAACUGCAUUAUGAUUCGCCUUUGACAAAAUUUGCCCCCUCCUACGAUGUGGUUCGAAUGGCGGAACAAUGUAUAGCAGCUGCUGCUGUUAUUUGCAGGCAAGCCGAAAGAAUAUUGUGGCAGCCUAAAAUAUACGGCAAUCUGGAAUUAAUGCAGAGUCCUCUUGAAGAGCCUACCAAGGCGAUUUGUGUUAGCGCAGUAGAAUUAGCUACGCGAUCUCGUUCUGUUGUUAUUAUUUGCCUUACUAAUUCUGGUCGUACUGCAAAGAUGCUAUCGCAUGCUAAGCCUGCUUGCUCAAUCGUUGCAGUCACUAGAACUUGUCACACAGCUAGACAACUUCGUUUCUGGAGAGGUGUCCGGGCAAUGCAUUACUUUGAAGCAGCCAAGAGUAGUUGGAUCUUGGAAGUUGAAUCACGAAUCCACGCUGCUCUUGAUUACUGCAAGGCUAAGAGAAUAUUACGUGCAGGCGAUGCCUACGUCGUCGUAACAAGUUUACGCCGAGGAGUUGGAUAUUGUGAUUCUGUAAGGCUUUUAUAUGCCAGUGCACGCGAUACCAUAUUAGUAGAAUAA